GAUUGGAUCAUUUACCUGCAUCAUUUACCUGACGUACACAGCACAACAAAACGAUCACUGUGAUGUUCAAUUGCACAGAUACAAAUACACAGUCCUUUAAUAUUGAUUGGACAUUAUAGAAUAUUGCGCAGUAACGGAAUAUGGAUCUACAAACAUAUUGACUCAGUGAAUACUAACUGUGCAUUGGAUUCAUACAAUGGCAACGAAUGGGAUUAGCAUGGCAACGGCUGCAUAUACCAUAGUAACGGAUAUGUCUUCCUCACAGGCUGCAACUACUCCUGAGACGAAUCAUACUGAAAUUGAGUGCACAUUGUUUGAUAGCGUUUACCAAUGUUAUGUUCUGGCGACAGUUCUAAAGGUGUUUGCUUCUUUCUCCUUUAUUGGAUGUGUUGUCAUCAUCAGCAUUAUAUUCAUCUUCCGAAGAUAUCGUAUCUUUUCUCAGCGAAUGAUAUUGUAUCUUAUCAUAGCUGCUUCGAUGCAGAAUAUUGGAUACUUUUGGGGAGACGUUUAUCGAAGUGGUGGGGCAUUGUGUCGAUUCCAAGGAUUUUGGUUGACUUUGUGGCUAUGGUGCGUGACGGCCUGGGUGAUUGCUAUGACCUUUAACAUAUAUAUGUCUGGGGUCCGAGAGACAAUAACAGAAAAAUAUGAAUGGGGAUAUCAUGUUGUUUGUUGGGGUGCACCUUUUGUUAUGUCCUGCUUACCAUUUGCCGAUCUCGAAGGGGGCUAUGGACCAGCUGGCGUAUACUGUUGGAUUGUGGCAUGGGGGUGGCGUUUUGGAAUAUGGUACAUUCCUGUUCUACUCAUUGUCGGGACUCUCUUUGUAACAUAUACAUACAUAAUCCUCAAGUUAAGAGCAAAGGCUAAUUCCUGGUAUGGAACAUUCGAUCCACUACGAGAAAGCAGAAGGCAACAAUUGAAGGAGGAUAUCCGCCCUUUGAAAUGGUACCCAUUGGUGUACCUUAUUCUUGCAGUUUUCCCGCUCGCGAAUAGAAUACAAAAUAUAGCCAGCCCCAAAGCAAGCUUCCCUCUUUACCUACUCAUGGUCAUCUUUAGUACAUUGAAAGGAUUUGUGUAUGCCGUUCUUUUCCUGCUUGAUCGCCAGACUAUACAGGCGAUCCGACAUUCGAAUGUUAAGACUGCUAUAUUACACCGGAGUACGAGCAUGGAGUACAACACCUCCAUACAAGAAUACAACCCCACGGUCAUUCCCAACCCAGUGGGUGAUCCAGUGGAUCUGAUUAAUAUACAGGGCUUUGAUGAAAGCACCGGAACAGAUAAUGAAACUCGAAUGUGAUAGUAAGGGACAAUGAGCAGAAAUACGUUCCAUCCAAUGUAGUGGAUAGAAAUUAGUAUCGUGUACAUUUAGAUUACAUGUAGAUACCCAUAUAAAGAGUACGAAGCAAAAUUGAAAACAUUAUACUAAC